UAUCGGAGAGAACUUCCGGUAAAGUUGAUAGCCGACGAGCACCUGUUUUGGAACAUUUGCCAUAGUGUUAUCAACAUGGACAGAGAUGGUAUCCUGUCCUACUUCAGUAAUCUAGUUCAUGCAGACCCUGACAUGUCUGCUGCUGUGGCUGCUAUCAAGACACUCUUACACUUCCUUGAGGUCAACAAAGUGGACACGUUGUCAGAGAUGCGAGACCGUAUGAAGGAUGCUAUACUGACACUUACAGAGACGGACAGUAGUACAACAUCUAUCUCCUCCGCUGGAGAGCUCUUCCUACGCUUCAUCACACUCGCCAUGCUUGAACAUUCAACAAUUCAGGAAUGCCAGAGAAUUCUAGUCAAAAGAGGAAACUUAUUCUUGCAGAAAGUUUCAGAUUCUCGCCAAAAGAUCGCAAAACAGGCCCAUCCUUUCAUACGAGAUGGUGCAACGAUCCUAACCCACUCUAAAUCCAGAGUAGUAUUACAAGUGUUGAAGGAGGCAGCCGAGGCAAAGAAACGCUUCAGUGUGUUCAUCACGGAAUCUCUGCCAGACAACUCGGGUCGUGAGGUGUCCAAGGAGCUGAUAGACAUGGGCAUCCCUACUACAGUGGUGCUAGAUGCUGCUGUUGGGUAUGUGAUGGAGAAGGUAGACAUGGUGUUGGUUGGAGCAGAGGGAGUAGUGGAGAGCGGAGGUAUCAUUAAUAAGAUCGGUACAUAUACAUUGGCGAUUUCAGCUAAAGCAAUGAAUAAGCCAGUCUACGUUGUAGCCGAAAGCUUCAAAUUUACUCGUCUAUUUCCACUCAACCAGGAAGAUGUACCUAACCAGUUUAAGUAUCAUGCGAGCACACUGCGGACGACGACGGAUCUGUCUAAGGAGCACCCCCUGGUGGAUUACACUCCUCCGUCCUAUAUCACACUUCUCUUCACAGACCUCGGAGUCCUGACGCCCUCCGCCAUCUCAGACGAGCUCAUCAAACUCUACUGCUGACAUCCAUUAUGGCAUCAAGGAACUGUGUUUUUCUAGGUCAUUCAUCAGUGAUAAACUCUAAAGAAACAAGGGUCAGGAAGUUUUGUCAUCAACUUUGGACGGUGCAUGUACUUUUGAAAGUCAAACUUGGUUAAAAGCUAAAACAAAUGCCCAGUACUGAUUGAGCAUUAACAACAUAAAAUAUGACUGGGUAAUUUUUAAGUUUCUUUUAUGAAAUUUAAAAGAUUAUAUUUGAUUCUUUCCGUGUUUUUCUGUGGCAGAUACAAAAAAGGAAAUGUGC